AUGGCUAUGGUUAAAAUGGUAAGAAGACCACUUGCAACGGCAUUUGCACUUGCUAUACUAUUUGGUACGUUCAUCUUCAUGAUGAGUGGACUGGAUCGUACCAUAGAGUUAGCUAAAGAUUCGUUAAGCACAAGUUCCAGUUCCGGUGCCCAAGUAUCCUUAGCGGCUACUACACCCUUUAUGCCAAAGAUGGCCAAUGAAACAUUGAAGGCAGAAUUAGGAAAUGCAUCAUGGAAGCUUUUCCAUACGAUUUUGGCUCGUUAUCCUGAGACUCCCUCUGAAGAUGAACAAACUUCACUUCGUCAAUACAUUCAUUUAUUUGCACAAGUGUAUCCCUGCGGUGACUGUGCCAGACAUUUUAUAAAGCUAUUAAAAAAGUAUCCUCCACAAGUAAGUGGACGGAAAGAAGCUGCAUUGUGGGGGUGUUAUGUCCACAAUAAGGUGAACGAGAAGCUUAAGAAACCAGAAUAUGAUUGUACUAAUAUCUUGGAGGAUUAUGAUUGUGGAUGUGGUGAUGAUGAGAAAGAAUCAGAUUUCACCUUGGGUAAUGAGCUGAUGGAAAAGAAGCGGAAGAAGACAGAUAAUGCGAAGGGUAAUAAGAUGUUUGCUUUAGAGAAGGAAGAACUUCAAAAAGGUGGUUAA